GCAAAUCCCGGCGGGCCCCCGAGGGAGCUCCCUCCGCCGCGGGGAGCUGGGCGGGAGGCGGCGGCCGCACCACCACCACCUGUGGCGGCGGGAUGGCGGAGCUCGACAUCAGCCCGGCGGCCGUGCUGGGCUUCCUGCGGGAGCGCGGCGGGCGGGUGCGCAGGGCCGAGCUGGUGAGCGCCUUUCGGCCGCUGCUGGAGGCCGGCGGGGACGCGGCGGAGCGGCUGAAGGAGGCGGUGAACGCCGUGGCGGUGAUGAAGGACCGCGACGGCGCCAAGUUCGUCGUCCUGCGGCGGGAGCUGCGAACCGACCCGCCGCCAGGAGCCGCGCUGGUGCCGGGGGACGGUGGCGGCGGCCCCCCCGACCCUGUCGCGAUCCCUGACCCCGAUCCCGACCCCGUCCCGGUCGCGAUCCCCGAUCCCGACCCCAUCCCGGACGCCGACCCCGACCCCGACCCCGACGGCUGGCUCUCGCCGUCGCCCCCCGAGGAGCUGCCGCUGUCGCGGCCCGUCUCCGAGCUUCGGGGCCGCUUCCAGGGCGGCGGCGGCGGGGUGCCCCUGCCCGCCAGCACCGGGGGGUCCCGGCGGGAGCCGGCCCCCAAGCCCUGCAUGCUGCCGGUGCGCUGCGUGCCGACCGCCGCCGCCGCCGCCACCCCGGGGCCGCCCGAGGAGCCGGGGUCCCCCUUGUCACCCCCGCCGGAGGAGGAGGCCGGGUCCCGCUCGCCUGGCCCGCAGCGGGUGGCCAGGAACCAUCGGCCCAGCGAGGAGACGGCGGUGGUGCCCCUGGAGGAGGCCGAGCACCAGUGGCUGGUGAUGGCGGCCGGCGGGCAAUGGACCCAGCAGCUCUACGGGCUGCUGCUAGAAGACGCCAGCUUGGCGGCCCGGAGGGACUUCAUCUCGGGCUUCACCGCCUUGCACUGGGCUGCCAAGAGCGGUAACUGUGCCAUGGUGAAAAGUAUCAUCCAAGAGGCCGAGAAGAACGGGAUCUGCGUCAACGUGGACGCCAGGUCGCACAGCGGCUACACGGCGCUCCACCUGGCCGCCAUACACGGCCAGGAGAAGACUAUCACCCUGCUGGUCAACAGCUACCACGCCAAGACCGACCUGAGGGACUACAGUGGGAAGAAGCCACACCAGUACUUAAAGGAAGGGACCUCCUCUAUGGUCAGGCGCUUGCUGGGGGACCCCAGCCUUCUCCACAACAUGGAGCCCUCCAUGCACAUCAAGAAGAACACAAAGAUUGCGGCUUCAAUCUUGAGCUCCACUAGCACUUUCCUGGGGGUCAUAUCCGAUGACAUGGCUUUCUGCGAUCUCACCAAAGGUUUAAGGAAGCCCUCAUCCUUAAACAAGCUCCUGGCUGCCACUACAGGCCCGAGGAAGAAGCCAAAGACCAGAGGGGGCUUCCCUUCAUAUUCCUCCCUCUCUGAGGUAAGAGAGGAGGAGGAGGAGGAAGUCGUCGUGAAACGCAGACCCAUUUCUGAGCUGUUCUUUGGCCACUAGCCUCUGCCUUCUUGGGAUCAAAAUUGUUUAGUAAUGUGACUGGGGUCUUGAUUUUUUCUCUCACAGAAGCAGCUUGGAUUUCUUCUCUCCGUGUCUGUCUUUUUGGACAUUUAACUAAAUCAGUGGUGGGGUCCAGCUCCAAAGGCCACGGGAUGAAACCCAGCUCAGAGACACCUGUGGAAGGGGAGCUGGCCAGGGAGUGUUGUGAAUGCUGUGCGUACCAUCAUCCUGAAGUAUCGGUGGAGACCACAAACUUUAUACUUAAUGGUUGAAAAACUAAAACAACUUCUGUGUGUAUGUAGACAGGUUAAAAUGUUCAAGGUGCAGCCUUCUUGAUCUGUGUUCCUUGGCUGGAGAGCAAAAGCAAGGUAAAGAAUUGCAUAUCGUACACUGUGAAUAGCAAGCUGGUAGCUGGCUACUUUAACAUAGCUUGUUAUAUAGCAGGCUUAAAUUAUUAGAGGAAAGAUGCAUAGUUUUCUAUGACGUUUCUGAUUAUUUUGGUAACAGAAGAGGAAUAUUUCUAUUUUAAAAAUUGUGUACUUUUUCAAAACAAACUUUCUCGCUAUCAGAAAUACUAACAUAACAAUCUCAAUUGUCACCUAAAGCGUCUUAUUAGAUGAACACAUUUAAAAAUAAAAAAACAAACCCCAACCCCCAGCACUCAAGCCAGCGUGACCUGUCUACCUCUGUUUGGAAGCUAGGUUAGCAUUUCAAAUUUUUUUUUCCUCUUCCUGAAAGACUUUUUAACCAGGUGGAGCUAACCAUGUGUCUUGAUGAUACUGUGAGCAUUUAAACUUGGUUGUCGUUCAGUGACUUCAUCUGAAUAAAACCGUGUUGGUAUUUGAUAGUGAAAAACUGAACCGGAAAACUGCGAGUCGGAUCCUGCGGAGUUUCUGAGUAGCCAACUGGAAACAAAAUCAGGCUUGUAUGUCUGACUCUUUUUAUUUAAAACUUGGCCUUUGAUUUUUUGCCCUAUUUACAAUAAAUAUUUCUAAAACUUGGGCUUUAUGUUAUGUUAGGUGUUUCAUGAUAGAAUGUCUGCAUGACCUCUUAAAGCAAUGUUUAUCUCAACAGCAUGAAUCAUUGACUAACUUCUUUUAUAUUAUAAACAUAAUUGUUCUAUAUAUAGAACUACACGUAGCUCCAAAAAGCAUGCUAACUGCAGGUUAAGUAAUACACUCGCAGUGAGACUAUUAGUUUUUUUUAAUGACUACUUGGUUAAAGUUAAUGUGAAGAGGCAGAGCUAAGAACAGAAGCUGUCCGGCUCCUGGGGCCAGUUUGCUAAACCAUCAUAUUUUCUCUAAAAACGUUACUAAAGAACCUGUAUAAUUCAGAGGUGGCGAAGGUGAUGCCAGUACUGCGCUUGCUCUGCCCUUCAGCCCCGUCAGGUGUUUUUGUUUCUAUACCAAAACGCUUGCCUGCUUUGCCUUUCUUUCCAAGUCAGUGACUUCAGGAAUGUUGUUUGGGGUUUUUUGGUGGUUUUGGUUUUUUUUUUUUCAGCCUUGAUUUAAGCCUAGUACUUCUAAUUGGCUGUAAUUGGCUUCUCCCAAAUGCAAGGAAUGCUGUAGGACUGUGCUGAAGGUGGAGGCACUGCCCUUUCUUACUUUAAAAUAUUCUCCCUGAAGUCCCUGGCGUUGGUGCCAUCGGUUGCGAACGUCAUCAGCGGUCGCAGAGGGGUCUGAUCCAUCUGCUCUUGGAAGAGACUGGAUUAUUCUGCACCAGCCUGCUUCCGUAUUGAGCUAAUUAAGUUGUUAAGCAAACAUUUGUGAUCAAGUACCUCAUGACUUCUAUGUCUGGAGUAGGGUUUAAAAAAAAAAAAUAAAAAAUGAAAUCCUAUUUGCUGCAUAGCUGUUGGUGUGACCAUUGACCAGUGUGGUCAUUUGAAACCGUGCUU